CGACCAGUAAGAUUUAACUACAUUACCUACGUAAUGGUCUUUUAUGACGAGAACAAGGUUUGUCAACCCCUGUUUGACAGGCAUUCCAUCCCAAGUCUGGCUCUGAACCCUCUGACCAUGCAGCCGGACAGAAGCAGACAACAAGACAGAGACGAAAGGGAAGAAGACCAGCAUCAGAAAGAUCGUCCCAGUGGCCGGAGGAAGAAUUUAAAAAAGCUUCGGAUGUUACCCGAAGAUAUUCAGCAGUUCAAAAAUAUGAUUGAACAACAAAUUAUUCGGGACCAAAAAAAUUUAAAUCUAAAAAGGGAAACCAUUAUUGAUAUAGUUCAGGCAAAUACAUUCACGCAGUUUAUCUUAAGGUCAUCUGAAUGUUAUGAUGAGAAAGAAAAAGCCCAGUAUGCAUUUGCUGUUGUUUUAGAGAAAAGAGGUGAACACAAGUCCUUUCCUGCGGUUAAAGUAAAGUAUCCAAGUAAAAUACACACCAAGGAAAUUCUAGUCAAAGACAUUGAUGCAUUCUUUAAGAAAGAAGGGAAGAAAAUGUUGAAGACACUAAUAAUAUAUACCUAUAACAGUCCAUGUCUGAAAAGAGGAAAACAUGCAGAAUGUUGUAUGUUUUUACUUUUAGAUAAAGCCUAUCAAUGGUACUGUGAAUAUGGAAUAGAGACUGAAGUAGUAUUCACAGUGCCUUGGGGACUAGGUGGACCAAAAUAUUAUAAGGCUCUCUUGUCUUCUGACAUCACACAGGAUUAUGAUCCAUAUAUUGAAAGAUGCAAGAACAUUCCCUUCAAAGUGGAAAUGAAUACAUUUAGAACAAUAAAUAAAAGUAGUGGUAUCAGAGAUAUACUUAAUGAUCCCAAUUAUAUAAAAGAAAAGAAAAGCUUACUACUGGAGACAAUUAAAUCUGCUGAGAGUGCUCUUGUGACAUUGGCAGAAACAUCUGGUCUGAAAGAAGAACAUUUGGACCGUGGAAAGAAACUAAUCACUUCAUUCACAUUUCCUCUAAAGAGCCAAAUUUAUGAGAUUUUGACAAAGAACUGGAAUGAAAUGGUCAACAACUCUUCAAUGCAACUUAUAAGGGACAAAAUAUGCGCAGAUUCCCAAACUGCAGCGGUCAAUUGUUUUGUCAGAGGCUUUAAGUCAAGAUUUUGGAACAGCGACUUUUUAAAGUUUUCUCAUAUGCCGCCUCCCAAGGACUGA